AUGGAGAGAAAAUCUCAAACAUGGUCGAGGUUGCUCUUCUCUUGCAUUUCAGCUGCCUUUGCCUCUCUUGCCCUCAGCAUCAUUUAUGCCGGGGCUUGGAAGAGCCUUGACUUGAAGCUUAACACCAGCUUUGCUGAUGUGCGUAGUCUCCACGAUGAUACGUUUGUCAAUUUGACCAGGCGAGCAUCUGAUUACGACGCAGCUGUUGAGAGAGGACGCAAACUCCAUUGUCUGAUGAGCAUGUCCCAGGAAGAAGCUAAGCAAGCCAACAAGGGCGUUUCGCUGGAGAGUCCUGAAUACCUCCAGCAGUGGCCAGGGAUCGAUGAAGUCGAAGGCUGGAGCAUUGACGUCGAGGACAACGAAGCUCCUUAUUUUCAAAACUAUCUUGAUACGGCAUUACAAGGUCUUGGAAUCAACAAGGAUCUUCAUCACGAAGCCUGGGCAAACGACGGAGAGGGAGAGUUCUACGAGGAUCCACUCGAUCCUGAUAUUGACAAUGUGCAAAGAUGCUGGCCGUCAGGCGCAUACUUCUACACAUCCUUUAUCUUGGACAAGGGUGUUGUAAUUGGUGACAAUGCCCUAUCUGUCAUGCCCGCCUUUCGCGAGACGUAUCGUGGUCUAGAAAACUUGAAUGUCCCUAUAACACACCUCCGUCAAUGGAGUGACGUGGCCUGGAUGCAAUGGACAAGGGCCUGCUUUGACAACCCUGAUCUUAUUGACAGAAUCAGAUAUGUUAUCCAAGCCCAAAUUACGAAUCGCUCGACCCUUGGGAUACUAUUUGAGGCGCUGUACAAAUACGCUGGUGGGCAGAUUGUCAUAGGUAAGUGGAAUGGUCGCAUCACCCUGGAUGUGGAGAAGGACGAUGAAGCGGAGGCGUUCUAUGCAUUUCUUGGCAGUCCCCAUGGGAGAAUGACGACAUAUUUGCUCCUUAACCACAAGAAAAGGUUGGGUAUUAAGACAAUCAACAAGGUGGAUAUAUUUGUUCCUAAUAUUCCCUGGACAGUUACGGGAUCGAGUGUCCCCGAACUCGCAAGAAACGCUAAGGUUUCUUCUGUACUUUAUGUUACAAAUGUCUAA